UUAUUUCUGUGUGUGUGUCAGAGCUCGUCCAGUGAUCAGUGUGAACGCCACGUUGGACAUGACGCCUCAGAUCAUCAACCCGGAGGACAAGACCUGCACCCUGCCUGGUACCUCCACGCAGGUGUCCUGUUUUAAGGUGAAGUAUUGUCUGACGGCCCGUGGACACAGCGCCCCUUCUACUCUCAAUUUCCGUGUGGACCUCCUGCUGGACCGUCUGAAGCAGAAGGAGGCGACCAAACGUGUCCUAUUCCUGCACGGUAGCACCUUCCAGUACUCAAAGAACAUGACAGUGUCCAACGGAAAAACGCCGGCCUGCGAGGAGCAGCCCGUCUUCCUCAGGGACGACCGCGAGUUUCGGGAUAAGAUCACGCCGAUCUCCGUGACGAUGGAGUACAGUCUGGACUACCAGCGAGCCGCAGAUCAGACCGGACUGCUGCCCAUCAUCGACACGUCGGUGCCGUCCAACGUCACCAAGCAGGCUCACAUCCUGUUGGACUGUGGAGAAGAUAACAUCUGUAAACCUGACCUGAGGCUGUCGGUGUCCAGCGACCGCGAGCAGAUCUACAUCGGAGACGACAACGCUCUGACGCUGAUGAUCAGCGCCGAGAAUAAAGGCGAGGGAGCGUACGAGGCCGAGCUCCACGUCUACCCUCCGCAGCAGGCCGACUUCACCGGGGUCGUCCGCAGCCAGACGCUCAGCAGACUCUCCUGCGCCUACAAGAAGGAGAACCAGACCAAGAUGGUGGUGUGUGACCUGGGAAACCCCAUGAAGGGAGGAACCAAGGUCAGUGCUGCCGUCCAGAUUUGGCACCAAUUUUCCUCUUUUUCUUUCAUUUCAUCAUUAAACUUAAUGACGUGAUGAUCUGAAGUCACAUGACCGCACUCACCACGCCAACGUCCCGUCACCUGACCCCACUCACCAUGCCAACGUCCCGUCACCUGACCCCACUCACCACGCCAACGUCCAAUCACAUGACCCCA